UAAUAUCAUAGUUGUGAAUAAUUGUUUCAAAAUAGCUGCCUCAAAUCUGAACGACGCGAGCCAUCUUGGCGGCAUGCAGUUGGUGGGCUUAGUGCCAUGCGCACUGCAGUGUUGGCAUGGGCCAAAGGCGCCAAAGCUGCCCACUGCAAUAAGCGGAGCGCGAGUUAAUGCCGCACCAUACACGCAGCCAACUAGUGGCAGUGGAAACAACAACAACAACAAUAAUAUUAAUACAACAAACAGCAAUAAACAAACGAUCUGUGCGCAAUGUCAGGAAAAGCAACAACAGCAACAGCACGCACACUUCCAUGCGCAGGCGCACCACCAGCCGCAAGCGUCGACAUUUCACCUGCAGCCGCAACAACAACACCCACUUCAACAACAGCAACAUAUGCAUCCAUCAUUUCAACCAAUUAAUUGUGUUGCUUCGCUGGCAGCUCCAAAUCACCACACCAACUGCUUUAGUGGGCACUGCGUUGCCACAACAGCAAGCAACAACACUGUAAUGCCAACGGGAAUGCUAACGAUGCCCACUUCAUUCACAGUGCCCCCACCACCAACACCACCGCAGCCUUCUACAAUGUUAGCCGCGACGCAAUUACCGAUAAAUGCGCUUAUGCCAAGCAAUAUUGCCGCUUCAAAGCCCGCAACCACAGCUACAGCAACGGUCACUUCGGCGCAAAUGCCACAAUAUGUUUCAGCAAAUUGGUUGUGUGACAGCUACUCGACGAACAUGGCCGGUGCGCCUGUCACCACGUCCACUUCGAUGCUGACGAACCUUUGCCCCGCCGCAGCGUCGUCCACCACGAAUGCGUCAAUGAACAAUCAAAUGUUUCUAUUACCGUUUAGUUGUCAGCUGCCAGGCGUUAUGCAGCUACCAACAAUGCCAUCAGCGGUUGCGCCAAUAGCUAAUACGUCAUUUGGUGCGCCUUCUUUAGCAUCAGCUAAUGUGGUGUCAGCACCAGGUACGGCUGCGUCAUCACCUGCGGCACCAAUGCAUAUGCCUCAUACAUGUCCGCAUAUGCAGAGCUCCGUCGCCAGCAAUCCAGCGCCGGUAACACAUUCUCCUCAUUCUAAUUCUGCGGUUUCACGCUUGCGCACCCAAAGCGCACCCAGAAUAAAAGGCCUAACUGGUGCGUUUGCAGAACGUUUGAAGCGAACCAAGCGGAAGGUGUUACCGCUGAGAAAAAUUGCAGCUGCGGUCAUUGCAACAUAUCAAAAGAAUGGAAAAUUGCCCACAAACAUUCCGCUACUCGAAACAGCGUUGUUACGCAACAACAAUUGGGGUGAAACACUGACAGCGCCAGCGGAUGACGGUGUCGAUGGCGGUGAUGUUGACGAAGCGAGCAACGAAGCAGCUGAGGUGAAAAAACAAUUUCAUAUUUUCGUCGGUGAUUUGAGCUCAGAAAUCGAAACUCAACAAUUACGUGAAGCUUUUACGCCAUUCGGUGAAAUCUCUGAUUGCCGCGUCGUACGCGAUCCACAAACAUUGAAAUCUAAGGGUUAUGGAUUUGUGUCAUUUGUCAAAAAAUCGGAAGCUGAAAGCGCCAUUACAGCUAUGAAUGGACAAUGGCUGGGCUCGCGUUCGAUCCGAACGAAUUGGGCUACACGAAAACCGCCGGCGAGUAAAGAAAACAUCAAACCAUUAACAUUCGACGAGGUCUAUAUACAAAGCAGCCCAUCAAAUUGUACCGUUUAUGUGGGUGGUGUCAACAGCGCCUUAACUGCGCUUAGCGAGGAAAUCCUACAGAAGACCUUCUCACCGUACGGUUCGAUACAGGAGAUACGCGUCUUUAAGGAUAAGGGCUACGCAUUUGUGCGCUUUUCGACCAAGGAAGCCGCCACACAUGCAAUUGUCGGCGUACAUAAUACGGAAAUCAAUGCGCAGCCCGUUAAGUGUUCGUGGGGCAAGGAGAGCGGUGAUCCGAAUAAUGCACAGACAAUCGCCAGUCAGGCGCUUAAUCCAGCUGCUGCCGCUGCAGCCGGCUUCCCGUAUAGUGUGGGCGCAGCAGCUGCGGCUGCAGCCGCCUAUGGACAACAGUUGGCCGCCACCGGUUGCUGGUAUUCACCAACGCCAACAUAUUCCGCUUCGUCGACCACAGCGGCUGUAACACCGGCUGCUGCCGCCUCCGCUGCCGCGGUGCAGAAUCAAUUCUUGCAAGGCAUUCAGGGAUAUCAUUUCGGACAGUAUGGCGGCUAUCAGCAAGGAUAUAUGGGCAUGGGCGUACAGAUACCGGCCACUUGGCAAGGCGUGGCCACCCAAGCGCAAAUCUCACCUGCACAACAGUUGGCGACGGGCGUACCCGGUGCUGGUAUACCACAAGCUGCCGGCGUGGUCGCCUAUCCGAUUCAGCAAUUUCAAGUGAGCCCACAGUUGCCAGAAGAUGAAUGGUUAGCCGCAAAUUUAAUAUGUUAGUUAUAAGUGAAGUUAUGUUGUAAUUAUGAAUAUACACAAAUAGACAAACAUACAAACAUACAAGAAAUGAAUUAUGUUUGUGAAAAUAUUUUAACAAAUUAGACGAGUACAUAUGUUAUAAAUGCACAUACAUACAUGCAAAAUCCUUGAACUGUAAUCAAUGGUUUAUAGGAGACGUUUGCGCCUAUACAUAUUAUUGUUUAUAAACAGCUGAUGGUCUGAGGAGACUUAAAUGUCGCUGGGAAGAUAUAUUUUGGGAACACAACAAAUAUCAAAGAGACGCGCUCGCAACAAUCAUGCGAUUUAUAUAUUUCUUUAAUUUUAAUAAUUUUUUUUAAUAAUUAUUUAAUUUCUGCUCAUAUACACAUGAGGUUAUUUUUAGUUAUUUUUUUCUGAAGGUAGGGUAUCUGAAGAAUAUGGAAAAUAUAUACGCAUGAACAACAACUUUUUUUAUUGCAACAAUUUACAAUGAUACAAACUAUACAUCGUUAUAUUGGUAUUUCUGGGAUUCUUCAUAAGCUGCAUAUAGAAUUUUUGCCAAAUAAAUUCAGUAGACCAUUUCGUGAGACCAAACGAUACAUUUGCUCCUAUGAUAAUAUUGAAACAAAAUUGUUUCCUGGUAGAAUUUAAAUGAGAAUACUUGGAAUUUAUAACCACAUUUUUGUCUCAGUAAGGAAUUUGUAGUCUAACCAAAAUCGUUUUGAGUGAUUAUAGAUUUCUGAGUAUACCAAGGAAAUAAUUAAAAGAAAAUUUAUUUCAAAACGAUCACAAACUGAAACACCUAUAUUAUUCCACUGAAGUGAUGGAUUACUAUACAAAUUUCCAAUAUUUUCCGAGAUUUCCAAUUAUGUAACUUACAUAUACAGAGUGGAUGCAAAAAGCUCAUAAUUUUUAUAUUAUUUUUUUUUUUUUAAUUAUAUUGAAAUAGAUGUUAAAGAGAAUUUUCCAAAAUGUAUGCUUGAAAUAUGUCAGAAGGUAUAAGAAAUAAUUAAAAAACAGAAGUGCUUCAUUAAAAGCUUUCACUGAAAGCUCAUUUUUACGCAAAUUUAAUCAAAAGCUCAUAAUUUCAAAAGCUAAUUAACGAAAAUAUAUUAGCCAAAGUGUAUAACAAAUUAUUUACAAAAAAAUGAGAGCUUUCAUUAAAAGCUUUCGCUGAAAGCUCAUUUUUACACAAAUUUAAUCAAAAGCUCAUAAUUUCAAAAGCUAAUUUUUCAAAAGCUCGUGAGUUCAAAGCUUUCCAAGCUCAUAAUUUCGAAAGCUUUCACGAAAAGCUAAUUUUUCAAAAGCUCGUGAGUUCAAAGCUUUCCAAAAUUUCCAAUAUUUUCCGACUUUUCCAAUUUUUGUAACUUAUACGGGCAAACAUAUACUGAGUGGGUACAAAAAGCUCAUAUUUUUUAUAUUAUUUUUUUAAUUAUCUGUUAAAUAAUUCGUCACGUUCAUGCAUUCAUACAUACAGAAAUAUAUACACGAUCAAAACACAUAAAUAAGUUACCUUGAUAAACGGUUUUUUUAACAGCAGAUACAUAUAUACAUACAUAUAUAUAUUUAUACAAACAAGUACUACAUGUAUGAUUAUGUAUCAAUUAAAAUGCAAAACUGAAGUAAUUACAAUGAAAAAAAUAUAUAAAAAAUUAAAAAAAAAUUAAAUUAUGAGUAUCUCCAUAUGUGAGAUGGCAUCGUAUAUUGUGUAUGUAUAGCAAGUAGAGAAUUAUAAGAGCAUAUACUAUCAAAUAUAAGCAUAUAUGUAAAUAUAUAUUUAUAUAUAUGAAGUAUAUAUAUGUACGUAAGACAUAAAAGUACUUAUGAAAUCAAUUUAUAUACAUACAUACAUGCAUAAUACUCAUAAAUAAUCACAUAUAUGUAUAUGAAUGUGUGUAGCAGCAAAGGUAUGUAUAGUGUAGAAAAAAAAUAAAACGAAAAAAGAACCGUAGUAUUCUUAAAUGUAGCACCAGCUAGUAAAAUUAAUAAGUACAUGAGCAAACGAAUUACAAUUUAGAGGUGAGAAGCAGCAACAUAGACACACACACACAUACAAAAAUAGCUGUAGCUUUAGUGAGCAUAUGGAGUUAUCGGAGGCAGAGACAUGUAGACAUACAUGCAUGAGGCUGUUCGUUGUUUCUACGCAUACAAUAGCACGCGGAGAUGACAUACAUACAUACAUAUACAACUAUUAAUAUGAGUAGGUGUUAGCAAACAUGCAUACAUUUGUAUAUCAUAAGGCGCUAAGCACAUAGCGAGCAACACACACAUACAAGCACGAGCUACAAAGCGUGCAAUCUGCCAAAAAAUAUAUUAUUUCUUGGUUUAAAUGCAGCAAAACAACAAAAAAAGUUGGUAUUACAUAAUAUAUAAUAAUCGUUGAUUGUUUUGGAAGUUUAUAUGAGAGAAAUAUUUUUUUUUAUUAUUAUUAUUUGAGGUUAGAAACCCACAAAUUAUUACAAAAAAUGUGGAAGUGGCUGAAAUUUUUUUAAAUUAUUUAUAUGAAUUUUGUUACAAAAACAACAAUUAAUGAAGUAUUUGGCGCAAAAUGUGCACUACAAAAGCACAAUUUGAGCAAUUUUGAGAAGCAGCGGAAAGUUGAAGACAAUUAUGCAAAAUAUUAAGCAACAAAAACAAAAAAAAAAAUAUUGAAUGUAUAUAAUAUAACAUGUGUAUUUAUAUACAUAUAUAUAUAUACAUAUUUAGUACAUAACCCUAGUAGAAUUAGCCAAGCAGCAAAGUGACGUAAAUUAGGAACAAAGGUAAAAUAAAUAUUGCAAAAAAACACAUACACAUAUACAUAUAAUAUAUAUAAACAUUGCAACAACAAAAUGCAAAAAUAUUAGUUUUAAGCAGGCAGUAGAAGUAGAAGAAGCAGAAGAAGAAGAGUAUGUUGCAGUUUACGAAAAUGCAUUAAAAAAAAAUUGUUUGUUAAAGUUUGCGCUACAUAUCAGUGAGUAAAUUACGAAAAAUUAAAAAUACAAAAAAAAACAUAAAAUACAAAAAUAAAAAAUAUAUAUAAUUAUAAAAAUAAAUGAAAAAAUAUAUAAAAAAAUAAAAAUAAAAAAUAUAUAUAAAUAAAUAAAUGAAAAAAAAACUAGUAGAAAUAUACAUACAUACAUAUGUUAUGUAUAACAAGUGAGAAGUCAACGCAAGAUAUUAAUGAAACAAAAAAACUGUAUAAAUAAUACACACUUGUCUGUGUAUUUGUUGGGAAUUAUAAAAUUUGUAUAACAAAAAGUAAAACAAGAAAAAACAGUUCUAAAGGCUAAUAAAUAAAAUAAUAAAGGAAAUUAUAAAAAAAAAAUAUAUUAUUAUAUAAUUUAAUAGCUGCAUUAAAUAUGUGUAGGAGACUAUAUAAAUGCAGUGAAUAACCAACAGCAUUAGACACAAAUAUUUUACAAGAACAAAAUAAAAACCUACAUUAACACGAAAACAAUAUUCUUUAUGCUACAAUAGAUAGUUCACUCUAUCGACAUAGAAAUAUAUACAUAAACCUACGAGUAUGUAUGCAAUAAAUAGGUAAUAUUAUGUACGAGUAUAUAUAACAUUAAUUUGCUGAUAGACAUACAUACGUUAAUGGACAAAGGUGUAUUUGUAAAUUAUAUUUUAGGCAAUAAACCAAAAGAUGGCAUACAAAUGUUAAGUUCCAUAUAUAGGGUGAACAAACCACACAUAUAGACCUACUGACAUGCAGACAAAAUAGUGAGGAAUUAAGAAAAAAUACUAGCUAUAUUAACGCCAUACAUACAUAUAUAAUUUCGACAAUGAAAAAGUAAGUCAUUUUUUAUAUACAAUCAGUCAGUGUAGACAGUAUUUUACAGUUUUUUUAAGGUUUGUUACCAAAAUGCAUAUAUAAUUUGCUUAAAAUGCAUACGAAAGCUUUAGAGGAGCGCUGAGCUUUCAUAAGAGCUUAAAAUGAAUUUAAAAAGCUUUCUUCACUAAAAAGCUUUCUUUACCCAAAUCGCAACAGGCUAUACAGAUCAAUUUAGUAAUAUUGUGGGCGAGAUAUUCUAAUUUUUUCAUUUCACUAAGUGAAAGCUCAUGUUAAAACUCUGUGAAAUAUUUCCCUUCUCAAAAAUGUUGCCUUUGUUCAAAUAGCUUUUCCUUAGUGAGAACAUUUUUAAAACGAAGUAUUCUUACUUUUUCAUUUCACGAAGUAAAAGCUCAUGCUAAACUUAAAAACACCGUGAAAUCUGAAAAAAGCUUUUGCCAGCUUUAAAGAGAGCUUAGUAAGAACAUUCUUAAAACGACAUAUUCCCACCAUUCAUUUCACUAAGUGAAAGCUCAAGCUUAACUUAAAAACUUCGUAAAAUCUUUCCCAUUCAAAAAGUUAUGUCUUCAUUCAACAAUCUUUGAGAGUUUUCAGUAUUAAUUACUGAAUAGCUACGACAAUUACUUCUGAUAAAAACUUUAUUAAGACAAAAAUAUUUUUCUGACCAUGAAAGCUUUCCAUUUAACCAAAAUAAGGCGACAAAAAAUUAAUUCUGCAGUGAUUUCAAAAGUGAUGAAAGCUUUGCGUGUAUAUUAUUUUUAAAGAAUUUCACUCACGAGAUGUGUCAUCACUUCAUUUUUAUUUAUUUUACAUUUAAAUUAUUUAAAAAAAAAGUUCACUCUCGAUAUGUAUUAUCACUUCUUUUUUUCAUAGCUUGCCCAUUUUAUGCGGCUCAAAAAGCUUUAACGAGCUUUUUAGGCACAUCUACAGUACUAAUACAAUGCCGUGUUAAAUGACAUAUUCUUUGUUCGAGCCUGAACCUUCACUAUUUUGAAAGCUCGGUAAGCUCUCCAGCGUGGUAUUUUUCACUAAUUCAUUACAUUUUGCAUAUUUAGAGACAUUUCGAAAAUUCUUUAACUGUUUCUUUGUCUGUUAUCAUUGAUUUUUAUUCCUUUUGUAGCAUAAUAUUAAAAAAAAAAAAAACAAAAAACACUAACAACCGAACCAUAACUAUCCAAACCAUUGGCUUUUCAACUAACGUUCCUUUAGCAACGCAUCGGCAUGUUAACUGAAAGUGUUCCAUAAUCACUACUAAAAUACUACUAAUACUAAUCCAAAGUACUUGCAUACAUACAUAUUUACUAAGCGCUUAGUUAAUUAAUUAAUAAAUUGCCUAUGUGUGUGUGUACGCGCAAUGUGGUAGUGAAUUCAUUAUUUAAUUUUUAUGAUUUUUCCAUUAAAUAAAUAUUUAUGCAGGUACACUUACGAAGUUUAUCAUAACCACACGAUAUUUACAUACAAACAUAACUAAAUGCAGUAGGUGAAUAAAAUCAAUACAUACAUACAUACACAUAUGUAUAAUAUAUAUAAAAAUAUUAAUAUAUAUACUAGUGAAGGCACCAAGCAGAAGCAGAAGCAGCAUUAUUUUAAGUACUUUAGUCAAUUUAGUAAGAUUUGAAUGGUGUAGCAACGGUAGUGUAAUUGAAUAGCUGAGUAGCUUAAAAGUGCGGUAGCAGUAGUAGUUGAAACGAGCAAAGUCGAUAAGAUGAUGUGUGCUGAACGAAAGCGUAGUCAGUGUCAGUGAUGCCACAUCUAAGAUAAUUAAUAUGAAAAACCAGUGCGUUGUGUAUGGGCGGUGGAAUUUGAGGGCAAAUCAAAGUUACAAAUACAAAUAUGAAAACCAAAACCAAUCAUAUAAGAGUAUUAUAUGCAAUAAAAGUAGCAGUAACAACAACAAAAACAAGAAAAACCAAAUAAACUAGAAUAUGUGUAAUAAGUAUAAUUACAUAUAUAAAUAUUAAAAUAUAUAAAUAUAUAUAUACAUAUAAAUUUACAUAUAUACAAGCAGAAUAUAAAUGAAAUUACAAAACAUAUACAUACAUACAUACAAACAUAACAUAACAUACAUAUACGAGCAUAAGUGUAUACAGACGUAGCAUAAAUGAAAUUAGUAAAAAUAGUUGCCGGCAGUGGGUUAAACAAAAAAUCAAAAAACCACAAAAAAGUCAAAAUAUACAUACAUAUAUAUAAAUAUAGAACAAAAACCAACAAAAAAAAAUAUAAAAUUAGAAAUAUUUGAUACGCAUUACAAUGUAAACAACUGCAUGCAUAUAUAGCCUGUGUGUGUAUAUAAAACAGAAGUUAGCCUACGUAAACACAUAUAGCUGUUGUUGUAGGAGCAACAAAAAAAAAUAGCCACAAGUUAUGAAUUAAAUAGGAAAGCAAUGUUUAUUUAUUUACUGGCGAAAUUGUGAAACAGUGCAAAAAAAGAAACUUACGCAAAAAGGCAAAUAUUUGAUCAAAUAAGCUAAACAAUAGCCAACACACACCAUAUUACUUAGUUUAUAACGGAGUACAUAUGUAGAAAGUAAAUGAAAAUAGCAAUCAAAAAUAUUUAUGCAACAUUAAAAUGGUGGUUAUGUGCAAUAAAAUGAGCGUGCAAGUGAACAAACAGUACACCUUCGAAUAAAUAAUUUCAUGAAAGCUUUGUUGGUAGUGGUGAAAGCUCAUUUUUUAAAUUACAAAUUGUAGCAUUUAAUAAAAGUUAGGUUAUGUUAUAUAAAAUGAGCAAGGAAGCGAUCAUUAAGUACCUUUUCGCAUAAAUAAUUUCAUGAAAGCUUUGUUGGUAGUGGUGAAAGCUCAUUUUUUAAAUUAAAAAUUGAAACAUGUAAUAAAAGUUAGGUUGUGUACUAUAAAAUGAGCGUGCAAGUGAACAAACAGUACACUUUCGAAUAAAUAAUUUCAUGCAAGCUUUGUUGGAAGUGGUGAAAGCUCAUUUGUUGAAUGACAAUUUGUUAUCGAAAAUAUUUUAUAAAGUUUCAAAAUCAUAUACAAAAUUUAGAUUCAAAAAAAUUACUUGUGAAAGCUCUAAAAGCUUGAAAAUCACAUAUACAUUUUUAAUCGAACAUUUCUGCGGAAGCUUAUUAUAAAGUAGGUGGUGUCAGUUAAGUGAGCAUAGAGUGUAACAUAUAUAGCUCGAUGAAAUAUUAUUGUGGUUACUUCUGUUGUCAAAUAUAUUAAUCAAAGAGAAGAUUAAAUUUUAUAAAGCUUAUAAAAUGCUUAAAAAUAUGUAAGCUCACAAGAUUUUUUAUAACUAAAAGAGCUUACGUCAGAAGUUCUACGAAAUUUAAUGCAUUCUUCGAGACAAUGGAAAUAAUGUACUUUCAAAGUGAAAGCUUUACGAAAAAUACAAUAUUUUUGAUAAUAAAAUCAUAAAAUAAAAACGGUUAUAACUGAAUGGAAAGAACUGCAGAAAAAUGCAAAUAUGUGUGUUCUCUUUUAAGUUGAACUAUUGAUAACAAUUAAACAGCUGAAGCUUAUCAUUGAAGAAGAUAAUUUAAAAUGAAGCAUAAGCUUUUGUUGUUCAAACGUAUUCAAUACUUCAUGCUAUUGGAUAGACCUCAAUCAAUUUGCAUUUCAUAGAUGACAACGAUUGCUAAAAAAAUCAGCUAAUAUGCUAUGUGCUUUUAACAAAGCUAAAUGACAUUCCUUUAUUUGUAAUUGAGCUUUCAUCAAAGUGUGCAGAGCUUUCGAAAACUUUCACUGAGCUUUCAUAAAAAGUUUAUUAAAUUUAAAAAGUGGAUGUUUAUGUUAUCAAAAGUGAAGUAAAUAUACAUAUGUGUAACCCAAAGCUUUCACAGCGCAAAAAGCUCUUUGAGUAUCAAAGCUUAGUACCAUAAAUUUCACGCUCAUUAUAUUUGCAUAACGAAAGAGAAGUGUGUACUAGAAAAUCAAUAUUUUAUUAGUGAAAUGUAUGCAGUUUUAAACACAACAACAAAAAUAAAUAUAAUUUUUUUUAGAAAACUAAAAUUAUAAAUAUCAAAAAUCAAACCAUUGCAAAUAUUGAAAUCAAAAUGAUGAGCAGCAAACCAAAAGUAAACAAAUAUAAAUAGACAAAGCUAUAUAGCUACAUAUUAAUAAUACAAGAAAUAAGAAGACGUGUGUAUAUGCAAUUAAAGAACUCAUUUGAACUCAAAAUAUAUAUAUGUAAGUCAAUAAGGGAAAAGCAAUUAGUGCUGCGUAAAAGGUGUUUCAGAAGAUACGUGUUUGAAAAGUUUCAAUGAACUUUGAUGAAAAUUUAUAUUUUUUAAUAUUAAAAUGAAAUGGAAUUCUUGGAAAAGUUCUAAAAUUUUUCAACUGCCAAAUAACUGGAGAAUUCAAGCGUUGAAACAGAAAGCUUUUAGGCUUUAUACUCGACGCGUAUCUUCUGUGGCACAUUUGCUAAAUAUAAACCACAAAUAGUAGAAGUGAAAAAGCCCAGACACAACAGAAUUCAUAAAGAAGGACAUAAAGCCGAAAAUGAAUAUAAAAAGAAAUAUGAAAUAACUGAAAAUCAAAUUAAUUACCGUUAAAGCAAGAAUGCACAACGCAGCAAACAUAUACAUAAGUAUAAAAGUGGAAGUCAACAAGCAACUGGGAAAUAAAUAUAAAAUAUUUUAGCAUGUAUUGGUAGUGUAGACACACUGUAGGCAAACGUCAACGUGAAAAGUGAGAAACGCAAGUAGUUUGAAUAGAAAUCGUAGCAUAUUGACUGCAGUAUUGCAAUUAUUUUGUAGGCAUUUAAGUGAUGGUUGAGCGUUUAAGCGCAGCAAACACAGCAAAUACAUAAGAACUAAGCAAACAAAGAAAUAUUAAAGCAAAUUAAAAAAAAUAUAAAAAUAGCAUAAAACCGUCAAGCCGAAAGCAUGCAAAGAGCCUGAAGAAAAAAUAUUAGAAAUAAUGAUAAAUUAUAAAUAAAUAAAAAAUAAAAACAAAAUAUAUGUAGUAACGCAUAAUAUACAAUUAACAAUUAUUUAUACAAUUGGCGAAUAUUUGAUUACAAAAAAGAAAAAGUAAACAAAAACUGUUGAAAAGUAUAUAUUUAAAGAAAAUGAAAACCAAAAAAAAAAAAAAACAUAAUGUAUCAGAAACAUGAAAAAAAACAUUUUGUUAUGGCCAUAUUUGGUGAGCUCCCAACAAAAUUGCAUAUAUUGAAAGAAAGCAGCAUUAAAUUAUAUAUUUAACACUAGGCGCAUAAAUGAAGAAAAAUAAAAAAAAAUAAAAUAUAAAUAUAACAGUAAACUGAAAACAAAAAAAAAAUUAUGUUUGUAACAAGGAAAGGCUAAGAUUUUUCGCAGCAGUUGCUACAUUUUAACUGUUAGCCAGAUGAAACACACAAACACUUAUACCAUAUACAACACACUAGCACACUUAUACAAAAACGAAAACAAGAAAACAAAAAAUAUACCCACGCGUUACAACAAAAACAAAUAUAUAUAUUAUAAAUAAUAAAAAGAAAACAACACAACAAGUGGCAUAGAAGUAAAGCAAAGAAAACCCAGCUAAGAACUUCACGCACCCAAUAUGGGUGACGAAUUUUGCUGCAAACAGUUGAGGCAUAUACAUAUACAUAAAUAAAAAUAAAAAUAUUCAGCAAAAAUAUAAUUAGUGAAAGUAUGAAUGCUGAAUAUAAUAAAUAAAUAAAGAAA